GCCGCCGGGAGCGGUGGGGGCCGGGAGGAAGGAGGCGGGAGUUGGGGAGAACAAAGAGCCGAGAGCGCCGGGGCCCGCCGGGGGCAGCCCCUGGGAGCCCGGGCGCUGCCGCUUCCCCAGCGGGCUCGGGGCGGGGGGCCCGGCCGGGGGCGCCUCCUCCGGCGAGAGACCCCCGGGCGCUGCUGCUGAGCGGAGACUCCAGGUGAACGCAGACCCAAACCACUGGAUCUUAAGAACAAUGAAAAAUCAAUCAGGUUCUUAAAAGAAGAAUUUUACUUAAAGAAAAGGGAAAGAGCCUGGAGGAAUUGUGGUGUGAAAUGAAGUAAAGCCAGUUCUGAAAUCUCCACAACUGCCCUUCUCGCCCUGCCAGGCUGCAGAACGACGCCCACGUCUCGCUCCAGCUCAUCCGGUCCUCCCAUGGGACAGGGAAGAGAAAUGGCUGCUGUGGAGCCAGCUCAGGGGCCGGUGACCUUCGAGGAGGUGGCUGUGUAUUUCACCAGGGAAGAGGGGGCUCUGCUGGACCCCGCUCAGAGAGCCCUCUACACUGACGUCAUGCAGGAGAACUAUGAGAAUGUGACCUCGCUUGGGUUUCCAGUUUCCAAACCUGAUGUGAUCUUGCAGCUGGAACGAGAGGAAGACCCGUGGUUCCCAGACCCCCAUGGCUCUGAGAAAGAAGUGCUCCCAAGAGUUGCCUGCACAAGAAGUGAUCUAUUUGUGGAUUCUCUCUGUCUCCCAUCAGGAGUUGGGCUGGCGAGUGAGAACGAGGAGAAACCCCAGCAGGAAGAUUCUGAGGAAGUAGAAUCCCAUGGGACGUUAUCAGGAAGAUCCAAAGGGAAUGAUUCCGGGAGUUGUGCACUCCCAGAAGAAGAAAAAGCCUGUGAGAGUCAGCAAAGGCCAGAGGAAAACUUCAGUAGCCACUCAGAUCUUGUUACACGUGAGAGAAUCAACUUGGAAGAGACAUGCUACGUAUGCCAUGAGUGCGGGAAAAUCUUCAAUCAGAGCUUUGCCCUUACCUCACAUCAGAGAAUCCACACUGGACAGACGUCCUACACAUGCUCUGAGUGCGGGAAAAGCUUUAGUUGGCACUCACACCUUAGCAUACAUCGUAGAAUCCACACACGAGAGAAACCCUACACGUGCGCUGAGUGCGGGAAAAGCUUCAAUCAGAGCUCAAACCUUAUCACACAUCAGAGAAUCCACACUGGAGAGAUGCCCUACACGUGCUCUGAGUGCGGGAAAAGCUUCAAUCAGAGCUCAAGGCUUAUCAUACAUCAGAGAAUCCACAGCGGAGAGACGCCCUACACAUGCUCUGAGUGCGGGAAAAGCUUCCAUCAGAGCUCAAGACUUAUCACGCAUCAGAGAAUCCACACUAGAGAGAUGCCCUACACGUGCUCUGAGUGCGGGAAAAGCUUCAGUUAUAGCUCAAGGCUUAUCAUACAUCAGAGAAUCCACAGCGGAGAGACGCCCUACACGUGCUCUGAGUGCGGGAAAAGCUUCAGUCAGAGCUCUCGGCUUAUCACACAUCAGAGAAUCCACAGCGGAGAGAGGCCCUACACAUGCUCUGAGUGCGGGAAAAGCUUCAAUCAGAGAUCACACCUUAUCACACAUCAGAGAAUCCACACAGGAGAGACACCCUACACAUGCUCUGAGUGCGGGAAAACCUUUAGUUGGCACUCGCACCUUAGCGUGCAUCGUAGAAUCCACACAGGAGAGAAACCCUACACGUGCUCUGAGUGUGGGAAACACUUCAAUUAUAGCUCAGCUCUUACCACCCAUCAGAGAAUCCACAGUGGAGAGACGCCCUACACAUGCUCUGAGUGUGGGAAACACUUCAAUUAUAGCUCAGCCCUUACCACCCAUCAGCGAAUCCACACUGGAGAGAGGCCCUACACAUGCUCUGACUGUGGGAAAUGCUUUAAUCGGAGCUCAAACCUUAUCAGACAUAGGACGAUCCACACAGGUGAGAAACCUUAUGGAUGCUCUGAGUGUGGGAAACGUUUCAGUUGGAGCUCCAGCCUUAUUAAACAUCAGAAAAUCCACAUGGGAGAGAACUGUAAUAAAUGCCUUGAUUAGGGCUGGCUAAAUAUAUAUAUAUAUUUAAAUGACAUUUGCUAAUUCCCACAUAGUGAUCUUUGCACCAUCUUCACUGUGGUCUCUCAGCUCCCCCAGAUGAGUUGCCUGCUUCUGCCUUUUGCAGCCAACCCUUCGUUGUGGUCAGUCCUGUGAUCUUUUCUAUCAAAUUAUUUCCUUUUGAGUCAUAGGAGUGUGUGUCCCUCCUGCCAGGAAUGUUCUUGAGCACCAGGUGGGAGAGAGAGGUUUGAUCCCAACAAGCUACACUGAGGCAAAAACUACCUGGGCCUUACAUCCACUAGGACUGUACAAGGCAUUGGCUGCUCAAGUGAGUGAUCUUGGUGUAAAAAGACAAUUACAGUUGUAGAGCUGAUGCAGCCCAUGUGCAGUGGUUGCAUUAGCUUUCCCCUUGACCUAAACUCCAUCACUUUUCCUAGUCUAAACAAACGCUGAGUAUCAUGGUUAUACUGUUCCCCCAUUUCAAAGCAAUUGUUAGUCAUCAAGUUUCCCCUUCAGAAACAAAUUGUUUCAUUUGCAGUUGCUCAGAUGUUGCUUCAGGUUGUGCUGGAGAGCAGAUUUUUUUACUACCAUUUUCCUCACUUAGAAUAUAUUGAACUAUAACAAAGAUCAGGAACAGGGCAGGGAUAGGGAAAAAUGUCAUUUCACCCUCUGUAACAACAGAAGAAGAUAAGAACAUGAGACCAGUCAUACUGGGUGAGACCAAAGAUCCAUCCAGCCCAGUAUCCUGUGUGCCAACAGUGACCCAUGCCAGGUGCCCCAGAGGGAGUGAACCGAACAGGUAAUGAUCAGGUGAUCUCUCUCCUGCCAUCCAUUUCCACCCUUUGACAAACAGAGGCUAGGGACACCAUUAAUGGACUUAACCUCCAUGAAUUUAUCCAGUUCUCUUUUCAACCCUAUUAUCAUCCUAGACUUCACAACCUCCUCAGGCAAGGAGUUCCACAGGUUGACUGUGCGCUGUGUGAAGAACUUCCUUUUGUUUGUUUUAAACCUGCUGCCCAUUAAUUUCAUUCGGUGGCUCCUCGUUCUUUUAUUAUGGGAAAAAGUAAAUAACUUUUCCUUAUUCACUCUCUCCACACCACUCAUGAUUUUAUAGACCUCUGUCAUAUCCCCCCUUUCGUCUCCUCUUUUCCAAGCUGAAAAGUCCUACUCUCUUUAAUCUCUCCUCAUAUGAGACCUGUUCCAACCCCCUAAUCAUUUUAUUUGCCCUUCUCUGAACCUUUUCUAAUGCGAGUAUAUCUUUUUUGAGAUGAGGAGACCACAUCUGUACACAGUAUUCAAGAUGUGGGCCUACCAUGGAUUUGUAUAAGGGCAAUAAGAUAUUUUCCAUCUUAUUCUCUAUCCCUUUUUAAAUGAUUCCUAAGAUUCUGUUCACUUUUUUGAUAGGGUAAGUCAGAAGGAUUCCCUUAUUCCACGACACCAUCCCAAUCCCCUUGUUGUUCAGUUGGUUAAGUCAAUAUUUUUUUCUAAAGGUCUGGGAAUAGGAUUCACUAGUAAAUGACUUGUAAAUAAGCAAAGUACACAUACAUUCGCUCCCAAAGCAGUUGUGGCCCAGGCCCUGCAGCAGGUUGCUCCUGAAGAUAUCUCUUUCCUAAUCAGGUGCAUGUUGCCUAUUAUUUGUGAAAUGCAGUCCCUAGCUAGGUAGAGAUGGGGAAAAUGGAAGUGACAUUGCUGUUCAGCUCACCCCUGGGAGAUGCUGCAAAUGUGUAGAAAAUGAAAUCCAUGUUGAAUAUGAUAGAGCUGCAGAAAGAUACCUAUUUCUAAUAGAUUCCUGACUUUUGGUGUCUUACAGGGAUUUUAAGACACACCUGAAUUUAGUCCCUAAUUUAAAUCUGCACCACCAGAUUAAAGAAAUAAAAGUGCAUAUUUGGGGGAGUUAUACCUCACUAUCGCUACUGAUACGUUGUGUGGUUGGUGAAGAAUUCUAUGCCAGAGAAGUGUAAAAUUGCUUGAAGGAAGGUCAACGAUUUGAGAAGAACUCAGGUAGAAAUGGCAGGUAUGAGUGGUUGAUUUUCACCACAGAGAUGGAUGCUCUGGUGACCUGUGGCCUAGGUAAACUAUUUUUAGAACGCUGCUCCCUAGUUAAGUGGCAUUAAUCACACUUCUAAAGGAUGCCAUCAUUAAAUUGUGAACAACUAUCUUUUACCAUUUGGCUCCAAAGUUUCAUGAAGCACAGAGAGAAACAGCUGAUUCCUUCAGAGCCAUUCCAUGCCUAUGAGUCCCAAUCUGGCUGCCUUGUUGGACAAGAAGCAAUUCCAUGCUGGGCAAAUGAUGGUAGCCAAUGAGGGAAUGUAUCAGAUUCCAAGUUCAGACUGUAGGAUACAUGAAUGCUGAGUCCAGAGUCUGUGUUUUGGUCACUUAGCCCUGGUCUACACUACAGGGUUAGGUCAAAUUUAGCCGGUUUAGAUCGAUUUUAUAAUGAAUGCGUGUACAUAAGCAAACCCGUUCCAUCGACCUAAAGGGCUCUUAAAAUCGACUUCUGUACUCCUCCCCAGUGAGGGGAGUAGCGCUAAAAUCAACCUUCCUGGGUUGAAUUUGGAGUAGUUCAGACACAAAUUGAUGUUAUUGGCCUCCGGGAGCUAUCCCAGAAUGCUCCAAUAUGACCGCUCUGGACAGCACUUUCAACUCCGAUGCACUAGCCAGGUACACAGGAAAAGCCCCGGAAACUUUUGAAUUUCAUUUCCUGUUUGUUCAGCGUCGCAAGCUCAGCAGCACAGGUGACCAUGCAGUCCCCCCAGAAUCAUAAAUGAGCGCCAGCAUGGAGUGAACGGGAGACACUGGAUCGAUUGCUGUAUGGGAAGAAGAAUCUGUGGAGGCAGAACUCCGAUCAAAAAGAAGAAAUGCAGAUAUACAUGCCAAAAUCGCACAGGGCAUGAUGGACAGAGGCUAAAACGGACACACAGCAGUGCCCCGUGAAAGUCAAAGAGCUCAGGCAAGCCUACCAAAAAACAAAGGAGGCAAACAGUCACUCUGGGUCAGAGCCCCAUACAUGCUGCUUCUAUGAUCAGCUGCAUGGCAUUCUAGGGGGGGACCCUACCACUACCCCACCACUGUCCAUGGACAGCUGCAAGGGGGGAGUCUCACACAACAGGGAGGAGGAUUUUGUGGAUGAGGGGGAGGAAGAGAAUAAGCAGCAGGCACGUGGUGAAUCCGUUCUCCCCAGCAGCCAGGACCUUUUCAUCACCCUAGAGCCAAUACCCUCCCAAGGUGGGAUCCCCGACCCUGAAGCUGGAGAAGGCACCUCUGGUGCAAAUGUUUCUAUGCUCCCCCAUCAUAUCCGUCCCUGAGGUUAUCGCAGAUUAGAAGGCAAAAAUAAAACCACAUUCAUGUUGACAUGUUUUCCAAGCUCAUGCAGUCCUCCUGCACUAAUAGGGCACAGCUGAAUGCAUGGAGGCAUUCAGUGGCAGAGUCAAGGAAAGUAUUAUGUGAGCGCAAUGAGAAGAGGCAGGAUGCAAUGCUGAGGCUAAUGGGGGAGCAAACAGAGAUGCUCAGGUGUCUGGUGGAGCUUCAGGAACGCCAACAAGAGCACAGACUGCCGCUGCAUACACUGUACAACCGCCUUCCCUCCUCCCCAAGUUCCAUAUCCUCCUCACCCAGACACCCAAGAAUGUGGGUGGGGGGAGGCUCCAGGCACUCAGCCACUCCACUCCACAGGAUUGCCCAAGCAACAGAAGGCUGUCAUUCAAACAGUUUUGAUUUGUAGUGUGGCUACAAUAAGCAAUGUGCCCUUGUCCUUCCCUCCUCCCCUACCCCACCCGGGCUACCUUAUCAGUUAUCUCCCUUUUUUUUAAUUAAUAAAGGAAGAGUGCAUGGUUUCAAAACAA